UCAAAUAUCUGAUGUGACAGAGAUUUUUAGUUCCCAGAUCUAAACACCCUCUUAAAGUUUAGUUCGUGGAUCAAACACCUCCUUAAUAAGAUAGCUAGAUAGUUUCUAUUUCAUCCAUCUGCCGUUGAGUCCGGAAGGCCGAAAGAGCGUUAUCUUGGGCCUCGAUCUCAUGUGGACCCUGAGACCCAUUUACACAUCCCUUUCAACCAUGUGCACCAAAUGUGCAAUAUUGCCAUAGUGCCCAUAAACAAGGAUAUCAUUGCCUCGUCGGAUUGUUGCACGCGGACCACGAGGCUGGCCCAGUUGUCAGCCACUCGCCCACCAGUCCGGACUAAAUUAAAAACCCUAUCGUCCUUCGAAGUUCGCAGCGCCACGCCACAAUAAUUUGGUCGCUGAGCUCCGUUCACCCAUCUGACUAGGCUCUUAUCACAAGCACACUCAUCGCCCCUCCUGUCGUUUUCCCGCGCCACGUUUCCACGCUCUCGAGCCGCCGAUUCCAAAGAAACGCGCACCAAACUCUCGUCUAGCUCCCCGCUUAACGUAUCAACACCAUGGUGUCCAAGAAGACCUCCAUCGCCGCCGCCGCCGCCGCCGCCGGCGACAGCGGGGCAGCAGAAACGUCCCUGCUGCCAGAGCGUUACGCCGGAGCGGGGACGCCAGCCGCAGCCGCGUCGGUGCUCGGCGCGGUGUUCAACGUGUCGACGAGCGUCGUGGGCGCCGGGAUCAUGUCGAUCCCGGCGGCCAUGCGGGUGCUCGGCGUGGCGCCGACGGUGGCGCUCGUGGUCGGCGUCGCGCUCCUGGCCAACGCCGCCGUGGACUUCAUGCUCCGGUACACCCGCGGGCCGUCGUCGUACGCCGCGCUGAUGGGCGACGCGUUCGGCCGCGCCGGGGCCGCGCUGCUCAACGUCUUCGUCGCCUUCAACGCCAUCGGGACCCUCACCGUGUACCUCAUCAUCAUCGGCGACGUGAUGUCCGGCACGACGAGCGACGGGAAGGUGCACGACGGGGUGCUGACGGAGUGGUUCGGGCAGCAAUGGUGGACAGGGCGGGAGGCGGUGCUGGUGGCAGCCGCGGUGCUCCUCCUCCCUCUUGUGCUCCGGAAGCGUGUCGAUUCACUGAAGUUCACAUCAGCCGUGUCCAUCCUACUGGCAGUGGUGUUCAUGUUCAUCAGCCUGGGCAUCGCGGUGUACGCCCUCUUCACCGGCACAGCGAAGAUGCCGCGGAUGCUGCCGGAUUUCUCGCGCCUCUCCUCUCCGUUCGAGCUCUUCACCGCCGUCCCCAUAGUCGUCGUCGCCUUCACCUUCCACUUCAACGUGCACCCGAUCCGAACGGAGCUAAGCAAGACGUCGGACAUGAAGGCGGCCGUGCGCAUCUCCCUCGUGCUCUGCGCGGCCAUCUACGCGGCGGUGGGGUUCUUCGGCUUCCUCCUCUUCGGCGACGCCACCAUGGCGGACGUGCUCGCCAACUUCGACCGCAGCUCCGGCGCCGGGGUCCCGCAGGCGCUGAACGACGCGGCGCGCCUCAGCUACGCGCUGCACCUCGUGCUCGUCUUCCCGCUGCUCCACUUCUCGCUCCGCGUCAACGUCGACGAGCUCCUGUUCCCGGGGCGGCGGCCGCUGGCCACGGACACGCGCCGGUUCGUGGCGCUCACGGCCGUGCUCAUGGCGGUGCUCUACGCGCUCGCCAUCGCCAUCCCCAGCAUCUGGACGCUCUUCGAGUACUCCGGGUCAACAUUCGCCGUCUGCAUCUCGUUGAUCUUCCCCGGCGCCAUCGUUCUCAGGGAUGCUCAUGGGAUAGCAAAGACGAAGGACAAGGCAUUGGCAGCGACGAUGAUCGCUCUGGCCGUGAUCACGAGCAGCAUCGCCAUCGCCUCCAACGUCAUGAGCUCCAUCAGCGGCAAGGUGGAAGGAGGCCAUGCCGCAGGUAGGUAGCAUGUGGUAUAUUGGUUUGCUGUCCGACAGCAUCAAGAUUCAAGGCUACUGCCCCUGUAGCGUUCCUCUGUUUUACAUUUUUUUUAAAAAAAAGGAAAAAAAACUUGCAGGGAUUGACUCGUAACAAUGUAUACUUGUGUGUUGUAAGGAUUUAGCGGCGAGUCAUUGUUGUAUACUUUUACAGGAGAUGCAUUAUCGUGUAUAAUGUGAUAUAGAAUAAGGAAUAGUGCCUUCAGAGAAAACGGUUGGCCCUCAUCAGUUAAAAGGUAAACCUAUAUGAUCCAUUGAAUUGAGAGUUGGAGAUCGGCAAGAAGAAAGAACAUGAAUAAUGGAUCAAAGUAGAGUUGCCUGCUUGAAUUAUGGAGUGUGAAAUCUGCUUAAUGCAA